AUGAGCACGCUCUGCUCAGUAAUCAAGUUUGAAAAUCUUCAAGACUUAAGAAGACUGUGUCAUUGGGGUCCCAUAAUAGCCCUGGGUGUUAUAGCAAUAUGUUCCACAAUGGCCAUGAUUGACUCUGUCUUGUGGUAUUGGCCCUUACAUACAACUGGAGGAAGUGUGAAUUUCAUCAUGUUGAUAAAUUGGACUGUCAUGAUUCUUUAUAAUUACUUCAAUGCCAUGUUUGCUGGUCCUGGCUUCGUCCCCCGGGGCUGGAAACCGGAGAAUCCUCAGGAUAGCAUGUAUCUCCAGUAUUGUAAAGUCUGCCAAGCGUACAAGGCACCACGUUCACAUCAUUGCAGAAAGUGUAACAGAUGUGUAAUGAAGAUGGACCACCACUGUCCCUGGAUCAAUAACUGCUGUGGUCACCAGAACCAUGCGUCCUUCACACUCUUCCUGCUGCUGGCCCCUCUGGGCUGCACCCAUGCUGCUUUCAUCUUUGUGAUGACCAUGUACACACAGCUCUAUAACCGGCUCUCCUUCGGGUGGAACACAGUCAAGAUUGACAUGAGUGCAGCCAGGAGAGACCCUCCUCCAAUUGUUCCUUUUGGAUUGGCUGCGUUUGCUGCCACCUUGUUUGCCUUGGGAUUAGCUCUGGGAACAACCAUAGCUGUUGGGAUGUUGUUUUUCAUACAGAUAAAAAUUAUUCUCAGAAACAAAACUUCUAUUGAAUCAUGGAUCGAAGAGAAGGCUAAAGAUCGGAUCCAGUAUUACCAGCUGGAUGAAGUCUUCGUGUUCCCUUACGAUAUGGGAAGUAAAUGGAAGAACUUGAAGCAGGUGUUUACAUGGUCGGGAGUCCCUGAAGGAGAUGGACUUGAGUGGCCAAUACGAGAGGGCUGUCACCAGUACAGCCUAACAAUAGAGCAGUUGAAACAAAAAGCAGACAAGAGAGUCAGAAGUGUCCGCUAUAAGGUCGUAGAAGACUAUAAUGGUGCCUGUUGCCCUUUGAACCGAGGAGUCAGAACCUUCUUCACAAGCCCCUGCACUGAGGAGCCUCGGAUUCAGCUGCAGAAAGGGGAGCUCGUCUUAGCAACCCGAGGGUUACGAUACUGGUUGUAUGGAGACAAAAUUCUUGAUGAUUCCUUCAUAGAAGAACCCAGUGCUGCUGGCUCAGGCCCCACAAUGGGCACAGUUGAAGUCUGCAUGUGUCUUCCCAGUGCAGAUCAGCACUGACAUUGCUGUCUUUACAUCUGUUACUGAAGUGAAGACACUAACCAGGAAAUCCCACAUCAAAGGAAACUAAGGAGAAGUGAGCAGAGGGAAAGGGAGCAGCCAACAGAGGACACGUUUGUCCCAACAGACACACAGAACACAAAAAUGUAAAAACCUCAGACAACAACUGGAGGACACCUACCCAAGUUCACAGCUUCUCAAUCCCAGAAACCAAAGCUACAGAGAUAGCUAGGAUGGUGAGGAGUCCCACCUCCUAAAAGGAUCAUUGCCUAUGUAAAGACUGGAGAGCAGGUGAGGGCAGCAAGGAAACCAGUUCAGAGCCUAGAUGAGAAUGUUACUAGAGAGAAACAGUGGAAAGAAAGAAAGAAAGGUGUUAGCAAAACCCAGGCAGAACACGGUUAGGGACGAAUGGCUUGAGUGGUACACUCAAACAUAAAAACAAAACAGCCAGACAAACACUUCCAAAACCUCUGCAGUGCAUUCAAGAAACUAAGAAAACAGACUAAAAUUAGGAGACAGUCUAAUUUCACAGACAGUGUAGUCAAUGAAGUUAUGAAGUUUCACAAACUGAGAGAAAGAAAUGGACACCCAAACACAAGAUGCAUGGAGAGCCCUAAAUAGUCUUGGCCAGAGAAGAACUCAGUCAAGAUGUCGAAAGUGCAAAGUGAAGGGAAAGGCUCACAUAACGAUUCACUGAUGAAAUAUUCACAAUAACCACUAAGGAAAAAACCAGCCUAGAUAUCCACCAGCAGAUGAAUGUGUAGAGCACACACAGUGCACACACAGUGCGAGGCUCAGAUGACUACUACAAGCUUUCAUGUGUAAACGGUGGUUUGGGUAUGCUUAAACUAGAGAGGGUAAAAUAGUUUUUAAAUGAGAGGCGAUUGGAUACAGACAUGACAUGAAAACACACGUUAUUAGGAAGGACCAGUCACCAGUCGUAGGGAUUAGGGGGAAGAUGAGGACGGAAUGGAAGAACCGUUAUCAUGAGAAAACUCAUUACUCUGUAUCUGAUUUUUAAACUUAAUCAAAUAAAUUCUGAUAGAUGUUUUAGGCAGGAACCGUCUUUUGGUUAUCAGUGAACUACUAUGCAAAAGCCACCUGCUCACAGCCCAAGCUGCAGAUAGGGAGAGACUGGCUGGGAACGGCAGAAUUGGUCCAACUCCCCACCCCAACCCCUGUGUCAUACUCACAUUGCCUUUUAAAGCUAAGGUUGAAAUAUUAAACAUCAACCUCAACCUGGGAUGUUCUUUUUUUUUUUUUUUUUUUUUUUGGAGCUGGGGACCGAACUCAGGGCCUUGAGCUUGCCAGGCAAGUGCUCUACCACUGAGCUAAAUCCCCAAUCCCAACCUGGGAUGUUCUUAAAGAAAGAAAAUACUUGGGAUUAGUCAUAAAUCUACCCCAUAUGACAGCUUAAGUGUUUUGGUAUAGAAAUCUAUAGGCUAGGAGCAGAUGACUGUAAUCCCAGUAUUCAGGAGAUCAUAGGUUCAUAAGAGAACCUGAACUACAUAGCAAAACUCUUCCCAAAAAAAGUAAGAAAACAAGAAGACUUAAGAAGGAACUGCAGAGACUUUAGGAAGAAAUGCACUGUAAUGGUAGCCAGAGCCAUCGCCACAUACUAUGUAACCGCAGACCCAUUUAGGCACUGUCUAGACCACACUAGCACCCUCCUAGUUGAUGGGAUAGCAACUAGAUAGUUCCCAUUUCCUAGCUUGGUAGAAGCAUUUGGAAACCUUUCCCUGGCCUGUGUCUGAGAGCUACUGAGAGGACAGCAGGAAAUCUUAACAACUUUUCUUCACUUGAAGCAGUAGAACUUGCUCUUGGUGAUGUCACCUGGUCCUGCCGCCUGCUUCACUGUGGCAUCACUUUCUCCCUCAGGUACUUCAAGAAUAAGAGGGUGGUUUCCUAGAAACUGUGUAGAAAAGUGCCCCUGUGAUGGAGAGUCAGAUCCAGCCCCAGAGGGCGAGAAGAAGAACAGAUAGCCACGGUUAAAGUGAGAUCAUUACGUCUUCAUUACUUGAAAAUCCACACAUAGUACCUGAGAAUUAUGCAACAAGCCUACUAUGCCUAAGGUAUUUUCCUCAAAGAUGCCCUCGUGCCAUGACUUCAGAAAUUUUUAUUACCAUUUUGAAACAGAAGCCAUUCUGCAUAUGCCUUUGAAGUCCUGCCAUCUUCCCACUUCUUCCUACUAAAGGAAGGCCAUUCCAGCCAAGUAAGCCAGCUGCCCUUUCUGUCUGCUGCACCUGUGACUUCACCUGCAGGUCUGAUUCCCACCUGGACAGGAGCAUCUUGCAUGUGCUUAUUCUGUUUCUUCCUCAGUUGACAUUUCCUCCAUAAUCUAGAGACUGUAAAACCUGUCAGAUUCAGUGUAAACUCAAAUUUUGUUACUUUUAAUAAUGCAAAUUUUGUCAAAUUCAAUAAAGGUCAAUGGAUGUUCUGUAAA